AUGGCGGGGUGUUACAAUCAAGGGCAGAGCAGACCGUACUUCCAAAAUUUUAAUCAAGGACAGCAAAACGUGAAUGGUGGAUGGAGAGGUCAGCCGAGCUCUGGAUGGGUAAAUCAAAAUUCUGGAGGAAAUCAAUAUCGUCGACCAUCCCAUAUGGGAUAUCAACAACAGCAACAAUACUUCCCACCGCAGCCGAGCGUUCCACAACAAUACCCACAACAGUAUCAACUGUCCCCAAUGCAGCAAGGGAACUUUCAACCUCAACAAUUGCAGAAUGCGCAGCAGUUUGAAAAGCAAGUUCCACAGCAGAGGCCGUCUUUGGAGGAGACUAUGCAGUCCUUCAUGGAGAUCAGCAAGGAGAACAUGGAGAUGACUAAGCAAAAUUUUGAGUCUCAAUCCGCCACAAUAAAAAGACUUGAGGCUAUCGUAGGGCAAUUGUCGGGCACUUUGAACAAAAUUCAACAGCAGCAGCAGCCCGGGAAAUUUCAUGGCCAACCUCUGCAAACUCACCAAGCUCAAGCUGUCACUGUUCUUCGCAGUGGUAAGAUGGUGGAUAACAAAAUGGAUGUUCCUGUCCAGACCAAAGAAGAGUUGCCGAGCUCUGCCUUCACCAGAGAAAAGCAGCCGAGCUCUGCCUUCACUAGAGCAGAGCUGCCAAACACUACCUUCACCAGAGCAGAGCUGCCGAGUCCUGUCCAGACUAGAGCAGAGCUGCCAAGCUCUACCUUCACCAGAGAAGAGCAGCCGAGCUCUGCCUUUACCAGAGCAGAGUUGCCAAGCUCAGCCCAGACCAGACCAGAACUGCCGAGCUCAGCUCUGACCAGCCCUAGCGAUGGAGAGAAGGCAGAACAACAUAGGAAGCCAAAAGAUGGAGAGAUGGAAGAAGGAAAGGAGGACAAACUUCACAAGUCUACUACACCUUAUCGACCUCCGAUCCCUUUCCCGGGCUGA